AUGUUCCGAGUUCUCUUAGCUACAGCCUUAUUUGGAGCUGCUUUAUGCAACAUUUGCACCGAUGAAACUGGCAAAUGGUCAUUCGGAAUUGCUGACGGCCUCAAGGAUUUCUAUCACGGUGGUGCUCCAUUGAACAGAAGCAACAACUGCUUCGAAGGAUGCCUGUACACUGCAACUGUUGUUCAGAACUUCAAGGUUAAACUCGCCGGUAACACAACUUCCAACUCUGAACAACGUUACAUCACACUUGAAGAACGUUUGAACCGCUUACAAGCUGAUGAUCAGGAUCCAAAUAAAGAUUCCUGUGUCAGUGAUUCUCUUCGUGCCAGCAUUGCCAAAGCCAUCAGCUCAGUAUCAGAUAAUAGUUGCAAGGGAGUUAUCCGUGCUAUCCAAUACAAUGUCAACCGUCCAGGAUGGGUUUUCAACUGCGUAGCUCUUACCGGAGGCUCUAUCGACUCCAUCUUCCAAGAUGAUAACUUCUGUGAUUACGACGCUGUUGUAGGCAAAGUUCUUUACACCUUGAGAUUAGCUCUCAUUGAUACUAACUAA